UUUAGGAUUUUACUUAAAUAGGCGCAAGAUUAUCGAACUUGCCAAUGCAGUGUUAGCUUUCUUUCAACAAUUAUGCGAGAAGGUUUCUUUUCUCCUAAUCAAAGAUUACAUCUUAAUUGAAAUGAAGACAUUAAAUCAUGCACAUCUUCCGAAACCAAAACCAAAAUGGUCGAGCUGGGUUACCCAGUGACUGUGGCCCUCCCUCUACGCCCCUGCUUGGCACCCAUGAUCUGAACUCCAGGAUUUCUUUUAUCCCAAUGUAAUAAAAAAAAUAAAAAAAACCAAAACCAAAAUCAAAACCAAAUUGGAUAAAACAAGCAAAGAUAUUUUGCCUGACACGUAACCCCCCAACCCUACCCCUCCUUGAUUUUUUUUGUGCCUUUAUUCAGUCUCCUCAAAUCCUAUAUAUAUACGUUGGCUUGCCAUGUUUGCUAAAUAUAAGCCAUUGUUGAGUUCUCUGCUUUACCCUACUUCUGAAAGGAGAGAUUUCAUUUUGGGGUUUUCGAACGUUGCCUAUUUUUCACGUUAAGAUUUUCCCAAGAGAAUGGACAGAAACCAAUUGCAACGCCAGGUUGCCCUCAAGAGAAGCUCUCUGUUUGAGCAGUUCCUCGAUUCACAGCAAUUCGUACAGCUGGAGGAUUUGGAAGACGAUGCUAACCCAAAUUUUGUGGAGGAAAUUGUGACAUUGUUCUACAAAGACUCAUCUAGACUGUUCCAAAAGAUUGAACAAACCAUGCAAAGUAGACCUAUUGAUUUUGGCAAGCUGGAUGAUUACAUGCACCAGUUCAAGGGUAGCAGCUCAAGCAUUGGAGCUAUAAAGGUGAAGAAUGAAUGCUCCCAAUUUAAGGAAUUUUGUUUGGCAGGAAAUGCUGAAGGCUGCUUCUGGGCUUACCAGAGAGUGAAACAAGAGCACCACACCUUGAGGAUCCAACUUGAAUCUUACUUUCAGUUGAGGAAACAAGCAGGACUGGUACGACGUUUCUGAGGUGCCAAGUUGAUAGCAUGGAGAAAGAACUACCAGCAGCAGCAUCAUUUUGCCAUUUUGUGGGCUCCUAGGGUUAUAGAGGGCACCAUUAAAAUAUCAAGUUAGCAGAAGGAAUAAUAUGCAGUUUUUCAAUUUUGGUUGGGGCCAUAGAAGUUAUGUUCCAAAAAAUCUGAAUCCUAGUGUGCCAAUAAUGCAGAUGUUACUCUUCUGAAUUAUAUUAAUAAUGCAUCUAUUAUGUUGGCCUCUUU